AGAGUGGACCACAAGAAAACAAUUUAUAUAUUUUGAUCUUCACAGAGCUGAGUUCUCUACGGAUCCCACAAUGAAUCGUCCCCUUUCUCUCUUCAACAUCGCUCUGAUCGCUUUCCUCUGCCUCCAUUAUCGUGUUCUCUCCGGCGAUGUUUUGGAAAACACCACUGAGCUUCACCACUCUCCUCUCGUGACUCAGUCUGAGUCAACGGUUCUAGAUCUGGAGCCAUCUCGCGAACCCAAUUCUACUCCGACAUCGAAAUCGGACCCUUCUCCGACUCAGAAACCCUCGGAGGAUCGACGCAUGCUGGAAUCUCCUGUUAUUGCCGAUCCACAGACGCCUGCUACUCCGAAGACGGUGGUGGUGGUGGCGAUUCUCACGGUGGUGGUGAGCGUCUGCGUCUCGAUUGCGUACGCAAACAGCUACUUCACUGGAAAGCGUGAGAACGAAGACCGCGCUAGGGCUUGGGCCACGCUAUUCAGUUUUCGAGGACACUCGGUUCUCGAUAAACACUUCAAUUUGCUGCCAAUUAAUGGAACAGAGAAACAUCAGUUGCUGCGGAAAGAAGCGACGAACGUGUUCAAGUUCUACGCGAGCGGGCGGAGUAAGUAUUGCCAUGGGCUGUUGGUGACCAUAGAGCUUAAGAGCAGACACGACCUGUUCUCAAGGCUAUUCAACUGGGUAAGGCCUUGUAAAAAUGAGAUUAGGUUCGAGGUAUACAUGAACGACAAAGCCAUGGAUCACAUGCUGUUUGUUGUGGCGAGGAACGAGGCGGCGAAAACGAUGCACAAGGAGCUUAGGGAUCUGCAGAGAUUCGGGGGGGGGGUGGUUCCCAUUCCCGGCGGCGGGAGGAAGUGGGUAUCGGAGGAAUUAUCUGUCAUCGCUGAGUCAGAGGAGGUUGCUGCGGAUAUGAUCACAGAUGCUGUACUUGAUAAGGUUUUUGGUGACGAGUCUUUCAAAAAUCUGGGCAAGUAUUUCAUCUCAAUGCAUUUUUCGGACCAACUUCCUUUUAAACAUAGGAAGAUGCUGCUUUUCAAGUUUGUCCUACCUGAUAAUAUGAAUGAUCUGGUUCGGUGGCUAGAGCUAAUUCCGUAUUACAUUGACUUACUUGGACACUACAAGCUCAGCCGCCAGGCACGGGACAAAACCAAACGUGCUAGAAAAUCUCAGGGUGUGAGACAAGAGAGGUUUAUUUCAGAGAAACAAAGCCGAGAGGGAAAUAUUGGAUGAAGAAAGAGGCAAAGCUUAGCGCUGAGGCUCUAAGAGCAUCUAUCUCCUUUGGAGUAUCUAGCAAAAAUGUAUUAACAUUCAAAAAAGUAGGAAAAAAGAAGAAAAGAGAAGGUAGGAGAGUUUGAAAAAUUCUCAUUUAAGAAAGGGUUCUAAACAUUUGAGAUACCAUUUACCAUAUGUGUAUUGUUCUAAUUAGUUAUAUCUUUUUUUAAUAUUUAAAUUUAAUUAUAUAUUUUAAAUUAUGUUAAAA